AUGGACACACUGUCUCCCAAACGAAGUGGCGAUGGUACCCCGGAACCGCCUCGGAGUAAGAAACGGGCUAAAUACACCCAAGUAGCAUGUAAUGAAUGCAAGCGCCGGAAACUCAAGUGUAGCGGCGACGCGGUUUGUACGCGCUGUGCGCGCGAUGACGUGGAGUGCAUUUAUACGGGCAAUGCUCACGCGGCGAACCAUGUUGCCUAUCCGGUAGAGGAGAAAAAUGACGGUUUGAGUACUCUGUUCCGCUCUGUCGAUUCUCAAAUCCAGUCUCUGCACCGGGAAAUGCGCGCCAUGGCGGCGCGAGUGCGGCACAUUGAAUCGUCCUCUGCCGCUGGGAGUACUGCCCCCAGCGCCAUUCCGACAUCCGGGUCAACUGUUUCCUCGUCCUCAAAUAAUGCGGGUUUACAGCGCAUUAUGAAUCGGCCUCAAUCGCCUUCUUACGUGGGGCCGACAAGCGCGGAGUUUGGACUCACAGCCCGUCAGAAAUCCGUGGACGAUAGUGAUGGCGAUGAGCUGGCAUCUACGGCUGCGGCGAGCCCUGCUCCGCCGUCUGAUACGGAGGCCAUGUCGGCUGAUUCGUUGGGGUGUUUGGGCCUGACGGAGGCCUUGCGCCUGGUCACGGUGUAUGAGAAUACGGUUGGCUUGAUGUAUCCGUGCGUCGAUCUUGAUAGCGUGCGCGUUUAUGUCGCCGAGUACUAUCGAACCGAGGGACGCCCCGGGCCGACCUCUCCGGUGACGAUGGAUCAGGACUGGUUCUUUGCGCGCGAUGUCGAGGUGCUGAAAGUCAUUCUGGCGACGGCGUUGUUGGCAGAGUCGCAUGGACGCAGCGAGAGAGCGGCGUUCCUGGCUGACAGUGUGGAGGAUCGGUUUGCGACUCGAGUGAAGAUUGCAGAGGUCGAUAUGAAGGAAUUAUUGAUUUUGACGUUACUGUCUAUCUUUCACUCGUAUCGCGAUGACGAGGUCAUCUCCUGGCGUCUCAUUGGCAUGGCUGUUCGGGGCUCUAUGCAACUUGGUCUACAUUGUCAAGAGACUUGGUUGCAAACCGGGGGUGUAUUCCCCGGCGAGCUGCAAUGGACGUGGGCGAGUCGGCUAUUCUGGUGUAUCUACGUGCUGGACCGCAAAUGGUCGUUCGGCACCGGUUUACCGUUUGCCAUUCAGGACUCGGACAUGGAUACUAACCUGCCGGAACCAGGGACUUCGACUCCCUAUCUCACUUGCAUGAUCACCUACGCUCGACUGAGCACUAAGAUCUGGGGUUUGGUGGUUGGCUGGCGCAGUCGUCCUCGCUCUGCGACCUCGGAUUACUGCUCCUAUCUCGACUUCCAAGUCCAGCAAUGGAUUCAGUCCAUCCCCCGAGAGUUGCGUUUCGAUCCAUCGCAGCGCAUAUCAGAUACCGAUCCGCAGGCGGAUAAUAUGAUGAUGCUUCAAGUCUUGCUGGCGCUGCAGGCCAAUCAGCUGCGUAUCCUCGUCUACCGACAAAAUCUUCUCACGAACGAGAGUAUCGAAACGAACGUCUCUGGUGCUACCACUGCUGUUGAGACAGCCAAAAGUUCAAUUCAUAUGCUCGAUUUAUUUUCUCGCGUCUCGGACAUCUACUUCCAGCGCCCGGAGCCGUUUAACUAUUUCCUGAUCUCUGCGUUGGCCGCGCUUUUCCUAGCCGUUUUGCAUUCUCCCUCGAGAUUCAGCCAGGUCUGUCGGCCCGAAUUCUACGCCGCGGUCGAUAUGGUGAGGAAGUCGUCGACGAGAGCACGCACCUCACGACGCCUGCAGAAAAUUAUUCGCAGCCUAAAAGUGAUCCGGUUGAAUCUGCCGGGACAGUCGGCGCGAAGAACCCAGAAUCAUGCCAAUCGACGAGAGUCUCACAUAAGUCAGAGGAAUGUUGACUCUACGCCCCUGACGAUGGUGUCGCCGUUUGACACUCCUACUUCCCAGCCCCAACACCGCCAACCUCCAGCGUCUAGGACAUCCACUCCGCAGUUCCCUUCUAUGUGGUCUUUUUCGCUUCAGCCGACAGCCCCGGAUCACUCGACUCGACAGGAUACUACCUGCGAGGACUUGACUAGCUUCUUCGAAAUGGCAGGUGGACUAUACUUCGAUCCUAGAGCUGGAGGACACGAGGAUCUGGUCGCCGAGACAGGCGGCGAAGGACUCGACGCGUUUCAUGCGGAGGAUGAAGCCUUGACGAGGGUCAUGGCUGGAUUACUUUGA